CAAUAAGACCUCAUUCUCCUCUUGUGUGAUUCACUUUUACAAGAUCAAUACUCAACAUGGCCAGCUCCUUCCGUCAACUACUCGGCGUACCGCCAUCGACAGCCUCUACGUCUGACUCCGCACUGAUCAUCAUCGAUGCGCAAAACGAAUACUCAUCUGGCGCCCUCGCCGUCACCAACGCAGAAGCCAGCGGGAAAGUCAUCGCCUCGCUGCUGGAGAAGUACCGCUCUGCUAAGGGCAAAGUCGUGCACAUCCUCCACAAGACCCCCGAUGGUGCGCCCGUUUUCACUCCUGGAACCAACCUAGCCGAAGAGUUCCCCAGCCUCAAAGCCAAAGAUGGCGAAGAACUCAUCUGGAAGAACCACCCAGGAUCUUUUGCCGAGACCAAUCUUGACGAGACCUUGAAGAAGUGGGGCAUCAAGAAACUUGUCUUGGUUGGAUACAUGGCGCAUGUAUGUGUUAGCACGACUGCACGCCAGGCGGACCAGAGAGGAUACGAUGUCAUCGUUGUUGAGGACGGUAUUGGCGAUCGCGACAUUCCUGGCGUGAAGGGAGAUGAGCUUACCAGAGUGACGUUGGCGGAGCUUGGAGAUGUGUUUGCGACAGUUGUUAAGAGUGCGGACAUCAAGUAGAUGGCAUCGCAAUGAAUCAUAACUUUGCUGC